AAACAACUUUUGUAACGAUUUUUUUUAUCCUAUUUAAAAUUGUAUUACCAAAAUAAGCCAUGUUAAUAACGAUUCUCGCGAUUUUUGGAGCGGUGGUGUUGUUUUUCUCUUUACUAAACUUUCUGUGGACACCAUUGGAAUUAAUGUCGUCCUAUUUGAUGCCCUUUUUCCUGCCAUCUGAAGUGGAGCAGUUGUCAAAGCGAUUUGGACCUUGGGCGGCGGUGACGGGCUGCACGGACGGCAUCGGCAAACAUUACUCCUUCGAGCUGGCUAAACGAGGGCUGAACAUCGUUCUCAUCAGUCGGAAUCCGGAAAAACUACACGCCGUGGCCAAGGAGAUAGAGCAGACCCAUCAUGUGAAAACCAAGAUCAUCGUGGCGGACUUCACGCAGGGCGCAGAGAUAUACCCCCACAUAGAGAAACAGCUCAAAGACCUGGACUUGGGGAUCUUAGUAAACAACGUGGGCCUAAACUACGAAUGUCCCAUCGAGCUGUGCUGCGCUCCUCCGUCUCGUUGCUGGGAUUUAAUCGUCGUCAACGUAGGCGCAGCGACCAUGCUCACCCGCGCCAUGUUGCCUUACAUGGCGACCCGAGGUCGUGGUGCUGUCGUUAAUAUCUCCUCGUCAUCGGAAUUGCAGCCUAUGCCGCUCAUGGCUGUAUAUGCAGCUACAAAGGCCUACCUCCGUAGCUUCACGCACGCCAUUCGAGAAGAAUACGCCCCGAAAGGUAUCUACGUCCAGCACGUGGCGCCCUUCUUCGUGUCCACCAAAAUGAACGCGUUCUCCGCCACCGUGAUGGCCGGUGGGCCGUUAGUUCCUAACCCUGAAGCAUACGCAAGAUAUGCAGUCGCUAUGUUAGGAAGAGUACAGGACACGACGGGGUACUGGGUCCAUGGAGUUCAGGCUUUCUUUACCCAGUUGGCUCCAGUCUGGUUCCGCACGAAGGUUGCGUGGUACCUCAACCAGGGAUUUCGACAAGAAUAUCUACGUAACCAGAAGGUGCAAUAGGCUAGGACACAAUGUCUUCGUGCAACAUUCAACUUUCUCUCAACUUAAUACGGUUGACAAUUCAAUAUCAUCUCAGUAUAUUACUCUUUCUCAUAAUAUAUUACGAUUGCACAAAUUUUAUUUUAAACAUUUAGCAUUGAUUUGGAUAACUUCGGAUCCUGUUCGUAUCUAAUUCAAUUUAGUUACCUCUAAAUUCCGUUUUAUAGUUGUGAACUUAUAUAUAGGUAUAGGAGAAAUUCAUAGUUUUGUACAAAUAUAGUGUUACUAAUAAUAUAAGAUGGCCAUAUGUGAUUUUAAUUUUAAAUAUAUAUAUUUUAAGCAU